CGUCGCCUUCUCUCGUACUAUCAGUCCCUGAUCAACAAGCGCAGUGGUCAGCACCUGCGUGCUUCCAAUUGCUUACUGCGACAUCUUCCUCUCCUCGUUUUGAGACAGUCGCUCAGUCGCUGAAGUCAACGCUCCUACAACAUCAUGCCGUCGUCUCCUCCAGUUGUCGCACGGGUUUCUCCUCGUCGUGCUCGUGCUCGCGGGGCGGGUGUUCCACCGGGUAGUACUACAAGGCAGGUGAACCCGAGUACACAGAUGGAGUCGGUUUUGCACUACAGUGCACUUCACGAAGCGCAUGACAAGCCUCACCACGCCCGCAAACAGAGCGCUGAAACUUUCGCAUCAUCCUCGAAGCCAUAUGGAGGAGCAAUCAACCACACCACCAGAGGACAGCCUGGAGCCUCUCCCCUUGAAGAAACAAAUAGUGCACCUCCUUCUGGAUCAUGUGGUGGAGCAGAAUCAAGAAAUGAAUCACCUCGACGACACCAUAACCUACAUUAUCCGGACCCGCAGCAGUAUAAUCAAGUAGUUUGAGUUUGUUUGUACUUUUCGUUUUCACACAACUUGUCCUUGUCGUAACUCCAAAUGGUAUACCAAGCAAAGUGCUGGCACAAGUCAAAGAUCAAGUAUAAUCAUUGUGUCUUCCUUCCAUAGACGAACAUCAAGAACGUCACAAGAGUGAAUGAUAUUAACUUUUACACUCUAUUCUUGUUGUCUCUCUUCAUCAAAGGAAUAUCGGCGCUCCAUCAGUGAGCAACCGUGGGCAGCUAGAGGACUGUCGCUUUUUCGUCUCGGGGUUGGGUAAAAAGCGAGUGAACAAUGCCAACACCAUGUCUGUUGAAUCAAGACGACAAGGUGAUGUGAUUUUCGGAGAAUACAAGGUAGUAGAUUCAGUUUGUUUUCCCAUGAUCCAUCUGAAUUUGUACUUGUAGUGAAAAAAUACAUCAAGUUCGACAAGUGAUCCAUCUAAGGGUAAUGAAGAUUGAAUAUUGUUAAGACCUUUCUGUUUAUACUAUUCGGAUUCAUUCUUUCAGGUCGGACGAGGCCGCGCAUAUGCGAACGUGGAACACGCGGUUUCAAAGUCAAGCCUAGAGCAAAUGCGAUUCGAUAGCUCUUCCUGAUCGCGGUUUCUCAUUUUUGUUCUUGCAGCAUUGCGAUUAUCUUUUUCUUUAUCUCCUUCCUUGUCCUUGUACUUGAUGUGGUAUUUCAGUAAAGUCUUUGUCUUCGAAGAGAUAACUUUGCCACUGCUAGUACCCCAAUUUGUGUACAGCCCCAAUUUGUGGAUAGAAUAUGAAUCAAUGGUUUUUCUUGAAUAAGGUGGAGGUAAGGAAUAUCUAUAUCAUCUCUUGAUUCAUCAUCUCUUGCUUUUGUAAUUGUUGGUAGAUCACAGGAAGACUACUUGUGCAAUAUACAAUAAAUGAAAAAAUAUCACGUCCCAAGUCGUGGUACGCCGAGGCCGAACAACUCAGACCACACCAGCUAGCAGGUUUGGCAUUCAAAUUAGCAAGGGUUAUUUCGAGGAGUUAGCAUGGCUCUCGUAAGCGUUCAUAGUACCUCCAAGAUCAUGAAGAUUUAGAUUUUCCGCUUUUUUAUCAGGAAUAAUCAAAGCCAAAUUCGGUGGAUACUCAACUACAUGACGGGAAUUUUAUGUGUACAGACAUCAUGUAACAGACCAUCGAUAAAGAUCAUCUAGAUCUAGCACAAGAAGCAUAUCUUAUCUGCUGUAGCAGCCCGAGCACAUAGUAGAGUGCCUGACGAGCUGUCGGCUACUUUCACAAAUAGCAGCAACGUUUCAUGAUCUUGAUUAAAUCUCAUCUUGGUUGCAAGCAGGCGUAUACCUUUCCAUCCGAAAACCAACCCCAGCACUUAGAUUUUGAUGAAACAAGAAUAGAAGCUCACUUUCCACUCAACAUAAUGGUAAUAACGUCCCAUGGUUGAAGAUAUAGUUGCCUUGCU